AUGGCAAAUGAAGAUGAGGUUAAGGUCCUUGGCAUUUGGGGCAGCCCCUAUUCUCUGAGAGUGGUUAUUGGGCUUGAAGAAAAGGGCAUAAAAUAUGAGUACGUGGAAGAAGAAGAUUUGUUGUGUAAUAAGAGCCCCCUAUUGCUGAAAAUGAAUCCUGUGCAUAAGAAAAUACCUGUUCUUAUUCACAAUGGCAGGCCUGUGUCUGAAUCUGCCAUUAUAUUGCAGUAUGUUGAUGGGGUAUGGAGCAAAAGUCCGGUUUUCUUACCAUCUGAUCCAUAUGAACGAGCGAUGGCUCUAUUCUGGACAGAUUUUAUAGAUAAGAAGAUUUGUUAUUUAGGAGGAAGGCGCAUACUUCUAGGUAAAGGAGAAGAACAAGAAGAAGGAAAGCGAGAAUAUAUGGAAGGAUUAGCAAUACUGGAAGAAACUCUGAAAGGAAGAGAUUAUUUUGGAGGAAACACAUUUGGAAUGGUAGAUAUCGUAUUUGUCCCACAGAUAUGUUGGUUUCAUUCGUAUGAAAUCCUUGGAAAUUUUAAGAUUAUGUUUGAGGAAAAUUUUCCAAACAUUUUUGCUUGGAUGAAGAAAUGCAUGGAGAGGGAGAGUGUGAAGAAAUUACUGCCACAACAAGAAAGAUGUAUAUAUCUGAAAUCUAACCACACAAGAAGUCUAAGCAAUGAAUCAUCUCAUCCACCACCUAAAAAAUAUAAAGGGAAAACUCUUGUGGUGAAAGACAAGGAGGGACUUGUCUCAGUUAAGGCUUGCAAUAAGGGUAGGGGACAGAAGAGAACUCUACAAGAUAGGCAGAUUGAUGUGGUCUCUAACAAAUUUGAUGCUUUGGAUAAUUUGGAUCAGUUUGAUGAGGCUCUUGUAGGGCUUCCUUUUGCUCAAGAAUGUAUGAACAUAGAUCAAGUAGUUGGAGAGGAGGAAAGCAUCAUUCGAAAUGUUUCUCAAAAUGGAGGUACUGAGGUCCAUAUGGAUACUAAAUCUCCCUUUCCUAAUAUUGGUGUACUACAACCUUCUGGUUGCAAUGUGGGGGAGGGAUGCACCAGGUUAGCCAAUGCUAUGAUUAUUUUGGAAAAAAAACCUCAGUUUUUUCGUAAGAAAAAGGAAAUCCCUCCUACUCUUUGGCCUCAGCGAAAAACCCUCAAGAAAAGUGCUCCAGAGCAGCCUCCUCAGGUGGGCAAGAAGAAGGAUUAG